AUGUUUAUCAGUUACAGUAUCUACUAUUUUGGAAGAAAAUCUAUAUUGAUUGCCUCUUUUAAUGGAUCAGAUGAAGCAUUAUCAAUAUCAGCUACAAUGCAAAUAAAAUUAGCUUAAUUGAUGUUCAAUGGAUUGGUUUUCUUUAUUUCAGCAAUUUUUAUCUUAAAUUAUGUAGACUACUUUAUGAAUAUGAAUGAUUAUCAUUUAUGCUAAGGUUUAAUUUUUAAUUAUUAAUUAGCCUAGUUUUUUAAUAUAAUAACAACAGUAGGAUUCUUACUUUAAGGAUUAUUUUUUUUAUAAAUUAGAUAAUUAACUAGAUAAGUGCAUAAAAAUAUUAAAUAAGAUUAAGGUGGAGAAAUUUAAUAAUUUACUGAAGUUGUAAAGAAGAGAUUAAAAUAAAUUUGGUAUAAAUUCUAAAUAUUGAGGUUGCUCUUGAUUGUUAAUAUAAUAGGUUCAUUUGUUAGUUUUACUUAGAAUAUUUAUUUUGUGAUAAUGAAUUAAAUAUAUCAUACAAAUGGUAUGAAAUAUACAUGUUUGUAUGUCAAUGUAAAAACUCAUAUAUAAUAAAUUUAGUUUCCAAAUGAUGAAGAAUUGACAAAUCUCUUAAAUUCAAGUCUGGAUUUAUUAGAUAAAUUCCUUUCUUUCUUUCUUCCCUACAUAUUUGCUUUAGUUAUAUUCUGGUAGAGAAAAGCAAAAUAAGUAGUGUAAUCAGAAUCUUAAGAAAUCACAACUGAAACAUAUGUUAUUCAAAGUGAUAGUACAGAAUAAAUAGAUUAAAGUCCAUCAAUUGAAACUUGA